AAGCUGCGUCGCGGACGGUAGUGACGUGCACGGCCUGGAGGAUGGCGGACGCCGGCUUUCGCCGCGUGGUUCCCAGCGACCUGUAUCCCCUCGUGCUCGGCUUCCUACGGGAUAACCAGCUCACAGAGGUUGCCAACAAGUUCGCCAAAGCGACAGGCGCUACACAGCAGGAUGCAAACGCCUCUUCACUCCUGGACAUCUAUAGCUUCUGGCUCAAGUCAGCCAAGGCCCCAAAGCGGAAGUUACAGGCCAACGGACCAGUGACCAAGAAGGCUAAGAAAAAGACUGCAUCCAGUGACAGCAGCGAGGACAGCAGCGAGGAAGAAGAAAAAGGUCAAGAGCCUCCAGCUAAAAAGGCUGCUGUACCUGCCAAGCGGACCAGUUUGCCCCAGCAUCCCGUAAAGGCUGCAGCCCAAGCCUCCGAGAGCAGCAGCAGUGAAGAGUCCAGUGAUGAGGAAGAGGAGGAGGACAAAAAGAAGAAACCUGUUCAGAAAGUAGUCAAACCCCAGGCUAAAGCGACCCCUCAGAAGGCUAAAAGCUCCGACUCGGAUUCUGACUCAAGCUCGGAGGAUGAGGCACCUAAGAAGCAGCAGCCGAAAGCAACACCUGUGGCAGCAAAGGCUCAGGCCAAAGCCGCAGCUGCACACAAACCAGCCCGAGCAACAGUAAAAGUGGCUAAUGGCAAAGAGGCUAGCAGCAGCAGCAGCAGCAGCAGCAGCAGCAGCAGCAGCAGCGAUGACUCGGAGGAGGAGAAGGCUGUGGCCGUUCCCAAAAAGGUACAGGCCCAAAAUUCCUUUCGGAAGAGAGCUGUACCUAAAAAGCAGGUUGUGGCCAAGGCUCCAGUGAAAGCAGCAGCCACUCCUGCCCAGAAGAGCUCCAGCAGCGAAGAUUCCUCCAGUGAGGAGGAGGAGGAAGAGCAGAAAAAACCCAUGAAGAAAAAACCAGGUCCUUAUAGUUCAGUGCCUCCGCCUUCUGCUCCCACACUUAAGAAGACCCCAGGCACCCAGCCUCCCAAGAAGGGCGCAGAGCAGAAGCCACCUGAGGAAAGCAGUGAAGACAGCAGUGACGAGUCUGAAUCUAGUUCUGAAGAAGAAGAGAAGAAAGCCGCAGUUAAGGCAGUUGUUCCCAAAGCAGCCCCUAAAGCAGGACUGGUGAAGAAGCCCGCUGAAAGCUCUUCAGACAGCUCAGACUCGGACAGCUCUGAGGAUGAAGCUCCUGCCAAGCCAGCUAGUACCACCAAGAAUAAACCAGCUGCUGCUACUCCCAAGCAACCUGCAGCUAAGCCAGCUGCCACUCCCAAGCAGCCUGUGGCUAAGCCAGCUGCCACUCCCAAGCAGCCUGCGAGUGGUGGCCCGAAGCCUCUGACCAGAAAGGCUGAUAGCAGCUCCAGUGAAGAGGAGAGCAGCUCCAGUGAGGAAGAAGAGGAGCAGGAAAAGGCAAAGAAGACUGUAGUCACCCCUAAGGCAAAGGUUGCAGCCAAAGCGGCUCCAGCUGUGCCAACCAAGCCGACUCCUCAGGCUGGAGGGGACAGCAGUUCUGAAUCAGACAGCUCCAGCAGUGAGGAGGAGGAGGAAGAAAGGACACCUAAAACCUCAGUUAAGAAGCCACAGAAGGCAGCCGGGAGUGCCGCCCCUCCCAAGCCGGCCCCCAGAAAGCCCGCGAAGGCCGAGAGCUGCAGCAGCUCCUCUGAUGACUCCAGUGAGGAGGAGGAGGACGAGAAGCCCAAGGGCAAGGCUACUGCAAAGCCACAAGUUCCCAAGGCCAAUGGGACCUCUGCCCUGACGCCUGUCCAGAAUGGGAAAGCGAGCAAGGACAGUGAGGAGGAAGAGGAGGAAAAGAAAAAGGCAGCAGUGGCCGAUUCUAAGCCAGGUUCAGGAAAGAAGCGGAAGCAGAAUGAGGCUGUCAGUGAAGCAGAGACACCGCCAGCCAAGAAGGUUAAGGUCCAGACCCCCAACACAUUUCCAAAAAGAAAGAAAGGAGAAAAAAGGGCAUCAUCUCCGUUCCGAAGGGUCCGGGAGGAAGAAAUUGAGGUAGAUGCACGAGUGGCAGACAACUCCUUUGAUGCCAAGCGAGGUGCAGUUGGAGACUGGGGGGAGCGAGCCAAUCAGGUUCUGAAGUUCACCAAAGGCAAAUCCUUCCGGCACGAGAAAACCAAGAAGAAGCGCGGCAGCUACCGAGGAGGCUCCAUUUCCGUCCAGGUCAACUCCGUUAAGUUUGACAGUGAGUGACCCUGGUAAUGAUUGGAAAGUGCCCACUUUCUCCAGUGGACUUGGGAACCCUCAACUCUAUUAGAGGGGAGGGUUUUGGUGAGGACAGAAGUUUCAGCUGCAACAUAACAUAUCCUGUGUUCCUAGUCUGUACAGAUUUUUUGAGUGUUGGGUAGCAGGGACAAGGUAAGGGAAAUGUUAUUUUUUAAAAAUCUUUUUUAGUUGUCACCCCAUCCUUCCUGUUUUGUGGAAGUCCUCAUAUGAGAAGUUUGUAUGUUUUAUAUUAAAUCAUUUCCAAUUGAUGAUUGUGAUUUUCAGAGGUGGAUUCGUACAGAUGAAAUCUUAACCAUUGCCGAAGAUACAGUAAAAGGUCACAUUGUUUUUUAUACUAUUGAGAACAAAAUGUUCUGAAAAAUACAUAUCAUUUAUAAGUAUUUGUUUUGGUGGCUAUUAUGACAUGCAGAAUUGGUUUCAUUAAUUCCUACGUGACUGGGAACUGUUGAUCAAGAAAAUGAUAAUAUAAAAAAAAAAACCUAUAGGGAAAAACCUAUAAAGACCUCAGUCCACCAUGGGGAGUAGGUUACUUUUAUUUAAUUUAUAGGCAACCUAUGUAUGUGUGAAGGUGGAAAGAACUUUUACAAAGCUAAUUGUCUGAUGAAACUUGUGGAAUGGGCUUGGGAGACAAUCCCAUUUGGUUCAUGGGAGCAUUUGUUCUGUCCCUUGAGAACUUUAGUUGUGAAAAAAACAAACAGAAUAGCUCCUGGAUGCACUGGUGGUUGGUCAGGUUCUAGGAGUAGCCAUUGUUGGUGCUCAGGCAGAGACAUGGAGAAAAGUCAGUGGACUUCCUGGAGGCUGGACUAGCCCUGUGGUGGGCCAGACUUCCCAAGCUUUUGUGGACAAGGUGUUAAGUCAUAAGACUAGUCUCCCCUUUGCAUUCCAUGUUCACCAAGUAGCCUGGUAGCAGCUGGUUUUCUGUGUAGCUGCCUCUGGGGAGAAAGUGUGGUGUUCAUCUUGAUUUUACACAUUUCAGUCUGCAUGGUGGAAAUUCUGUGUCUACAACAAAAUAAACUGGAUGGUUUAUAA